AUGUCUCGUUGGGGCCGUAAAGACGUGAAGAAGACUCCUGAGGUGAUCAGGACAGUGACAGAGGGGUUAAAGUCUCUGUACCAUCAGAAGCUCCUCCCCCUGGAGCAGCACUACGGUUUCCAUGACUUCCACUCUCCCUCCUUGGAGGACGCAGACUUUGACAACAAACCCAUGGUUCUGGUGGUGGGGCAGUACUCCACUGGAAAGACUAGCUUCAUCAAGUAUGUGUUGGAGCAGGAUAUCCCAGGAAGCAGGAUAGGACCAGAGCCCACCACUGACUGUUUCACAGCCAUCAUGCACGGUGAGGUGGAGGGAGUUAUCCCAGGCAACGCUCUCAUCGUCGACCCCAACAAACCCUUCCGCAAUCUCAACCCCUUCGGAAACACCUUCCUCAACAGGUUACAGUGUGCCCAGCUGCCCAAUCAGGUCCUGGAGAGCAUUAGCAUUAUCGACACGCCGGGGAUCCUGUCAGGAGCGAAACAGAGGGUGAGCCGAGGCUAUGACUUCCCAGCGGUGCUGCGAUGGUUUGCAGAGCGCGUUGAUCGCAUCGUCCUCCUGUUCGACGCCCACAAGUUGGAGAUCAGUGACGAGUUCUCCGAAGCCAUCGGAGCGCUGCGGGGUAAUGAGGAGAAACUGCGUGUCGUCCUGAACAAGGCUGACAUGGUGGGAACACAACAGUUGAUGAGAAUCUACGGCGCUCUAAUGUGGUCUCUGGGCAAGGUGUUCAACACCCCAGAGGUCGUGAGGGUGUAUAUCGGGUCGUUCUGGUCUGAACCGCUGCUGGUCCCUGAUAACCGUCGUCUGUUUGAGCUGGAGGAGGAGGAUCUGUUUAGUGACAUCCAGAAUCUUCCUCAUAACGCAGCCCUCAGGAAACUCAACGACCUGGUGAAGAGGGCACGGCUGGUCAGGGUGCAUGCCCACAUCAUCAGUUACCUGAAGAAGGAGAUGUCAACCUUCAGGAAGGACAACAGGAAGAAGAACCUGAUCUACCAACUUCCUGUCAUCUUCUCCAAGAUCCAGCUGCAGCACCACAUCUCUGCUGGGGACUUCCCUGACUGUGCCAAGAUGCAGGAGCAGCUGUUGACCCAUGACUUCAGUAAGUUCAAGCCCCUGAAACCGUCCCUGAUGGUUGCUCUGGACGAGCUGCUGGUAUCCGACAUCGCCAAGCUGAUGCCCCUGCUGCGCCAGGAGGAGAUCAACAUGGGGGUGCAGCCAGUGGUGCAGGGGGGGGCCUUCCUGGGAACCCGCACCGGGCCCUUCGUGAAGAACGACCCAUUCGGAGACGUGGAGAAGGAGGGCGAGGAUGGGGGCGAGAUGGCCUGGGUGGUGACCAAGGACAAGCCCAAAUAUGACGAGAUCUUCUACAACCUGGCGCCCAACGAGGGCAAGCUGAGUGGCACCAAGGCCAAGGACUGGAUGGUGAGCACCCGGCUGCCUAACUCCGUACUGGGGAGGAUCUGGAAGCUGUCGGAUGUGGACCGAGAUGGCAUGCUGGAUGACGAGGAGUUUGCCCUGGCCAGCCACCUGAUCGAGGUGAAGUUAGAGGGGCAUGGUCUGCCACCCGAGCUACCAGCACGUCUGGUGCCCCCCUCCAAGCGCAGGCAGAAAGGAUCUGAUACAUAG